AUGGCAGACAGUUCAGAAGAAGAAGAAGCUGUAGCUACCUUAAUAGUCAUUAAAAGUAUAAGGAAAAAGAGACGAAGAAAAUCGCCAUUUUCUUGGGUUCGUCAAAUUUAUAGAGAAAGAGAAUUGAAAGGAGUGUAUAAUCAACUGCUUCAAGAAAUGAAAUUGCACGAUAGAGAAUUUUACUUUAGAUUUCUUCGAAUAUCUCCUGAUAGAUUCGAACAUUUAUUGUCUCUGGUAGGUCCAUCAAUCCAAAAAAGAGACACAAAUUUUCGAAAUUCAAUUCCUGCAGCUGAACGCUUGGCUCUUACUUUACGUUAUCUUGCCUCAGGAGAUUCUCAACAAUCUCUGUUAUUCAACUUUCGCAUUAGCGCGAGUGCUAUUUCACGAAUUCUGUCUGAAACAGCUGCAGCAAUUUGGGAGAACCUAAGCGAAUAUGUAAGACCCCCUAUGUCCAAAGAAGAGUGGUUAAGAAUCGAAAAUGAAUUCGACACGUGGAAUUUCACACAUUGUAUAGGGGCAAUCGAUGGGAAACAUAUUGCCAUGGAAAACCCUCCCAAUUCAGGAUCGCUCUAUUACAAUUACAAGGGGUUCUACAGCAUCAUACUGUUAGCAGUCUGUGAUGCUAAGUACAACUUCAUUCUCGUAGAUGUAGGACAAUAUGGAAGUAACAACGACUGUGGUGUCUUAUCAAAGAGUCAAAUUGGAAUGCAACUGGAAAAUCAAUCCCUUCAAAUCCCACCACCUACGUCACUAGCUGGAUGUAAAUUUGACCCAUUACCUUAUUUUCUAGUUGGAGAUGAAGCUUUCCCCUUAAAGAAAAAUAUGAUGCGCCCAUAUCCUGGCAAGCUGAAGGAGCCUGAGAGAGUAUAUAAAAAAGCAUCGGUAAGAAAUGUUGAAAAUUUUACGCUCGGAGCAAUUGCUUUACACAAUUACUUACGCCAAACUGAAGCCGCAAUGUAUUGUCCAAAUGGUUUUGUCGAUAGCACAGACACGAAUGGGGAGAUUACGCCUGGGGAAUGGAGAAGACAGGUGGGGCAGAACGAAGGAUGUCUUUAUGACUUAUGUAAUGUACGGGGCUCCCGGCCAGAAAGAAGUGCUACAGAAAUGCGGGAAGCAAUCAAGGAUUUUGUGAAUAGUGAAGAGGGUGCUGUUGAAUGGCAGUACCGACAUGUAAGGCGUACAUAA